AUGUUAAAAUCAUCUCCCAACCCAGAAUUCCUCUCCAUGGAGGGUGAAGAGAAAGCUGCACACAAAUCAGUGAUUUCCCUCUACCCUCCAUGGACUACUUUCUUCCGAGGAGAGAGUGUGAGUCUGACUUGCAGUGGAUUUCAUGUCAACGCGACAGAGACAAUGAGGGGGUAUGUUUGGUACAAAACAAAAGGAUUACUGCGUGAAGCCACAAGAAACACCCUCGUCGUUGCUGAGUCUGGAGACUACUGGUGCCAGGCCCCAGGCUCGCUCCCAAGCAAUCCUGUACACUUGUUGUUUUCUUCAGGCCUUUUAAUCCUUCAGGCCCCACACUCUGUGUUUGAAGGUGACACACUGAUUCUGAGAUGCCACAAAAAGGAUUUUAAGGUGAUUGCUGUUAAAUACACCUUGAAUGGAAAAGUUAUUUUUACAUCAAAUAAAAGCUGGGAGCUUUUGAUACCACAAGCAAGUUUACAUAACAGUGGCUCUUACCAAUGCCUUGGAUUUCUCGAAAGAAAUUAUAUAAUUAAAUCAAAUGUAAAAUUUAUUCAAAUUCAAGAACUAUUCUCAACCCCAACACUGGAAGCCACAACCUCCCAGCCCACAGAGGGGCAUUCUAUAAAUUUGAGCUGUGAAACACAGCUUUCUCCAGAGCGACAGGACACUCUCCUUCACUUCAGUUUCUUUAGAGACAGUGGGGUCACCCUGUCACGAUGGAGCAGUUCCCCAAAACUGCAGAUCACAGCCAUCUGGAGCGAAGAUUCAGGAGCAUAUCGGUGUGGUGUGAAAACUCCGACCAGCAAUGUCCCCAGGUGCAGCCGCCCACUGCAGGUCCAUGUGCAGAGGGUCCCCGUGUCUGGUGUGCUCUUGGAGACACAGCCCCCCAGGGGGCAGUUGGUGGAAGGGCAGAAGCUGGUCCUCAUCUGCUCUGUGGCUGAAGGCACAGGGAAUACCACGUUUUCCUGGUACAGAAAGCACACAAACGAGAGUCUGGGCAAGAAGAGCCAGCGUGCCCGGAGAGCAGAGCUGGAGACCGCGGCUAUCAGGGACAGCCACGCAGGGGAAUACUACUGUACAGCUGACAACGGCUAUGGCCUCAUCCACAGCGGAGCCCUGAACAUCACUCUGGAAGGAACUCCUUGGUAUAGAUGUGGCAUGAUAGCUGUUGGAGCCAUUGGGGGCAUAUUGAGUGUUUUCCUGGCCACAGUCUUGCUGUUUUACUGCUGGUCCCACAGGAAAUCAGGAGAUGGCUUUCUGGAAGACACAGCAAGGACCCCUCCCACUCCAGGAGCAGAAGAUCUUCCUUAUCCCAAGUGUCCUGCCCCGAUGGAAAUGCGGCUGCUGGAUGUGCACUCGCAACAGGAAGAGAUAACCUAUUCUGAGAUUCAGAUUAUUAAGCUGGGAAAAGAAGAGGAAGCUGCUGAGCCAUCACUGCCAAGCCAGCUGCCAAGCAGGCCACCAAGCCCUCUCCUUUCACCUCCUGGGUUCUAUGUGCUGGUUGUGCUGGUUGGGGUGCAGAGGGUGGAAGAGUUGCAAGCGUCCCAGAAGCACCAGCCCUCUAGCCUUCUCUCUUUACCUCCUGGGCUCUACGUGCUGGUUGUGUGGAAUGCUUCAGUUAUCUAUGCUGAGUUGAAGACAGAAUUCUCAGAUGUCUCAGGUGAAAAGGUCAACUCGAAGGAUGAAGAUUCUAUGGGAGACAGAAAAGCCUGGGUAGCUGAUUUCUUCCUAAAACAGCUACAAGUGUUGUACCGCCUGGGCAUCGUCUGCACCAACUGGCUGAACGGCGAGAGGCUGUGUGGGUACCUCACGGGCAAUGCCGAGCAUCUUCUUCCCACGUACCCUGGGCAUGCAGUCAGGACUCAGUUGCAGACCAAAGAAUGGGCUGCUCGAAGUGGUCUACAGAGAAAGGAAUUUAAAAUAGGAUAA